GGCAUCUGGCGUAUUCCAGUGGAUGAGAUAGAUCGGCCCGGAAGUUUUGCAUCUCAUAUGAACAGAUCCAUCGUUCUCUUGCUGGAGGUGCUGUCUCAGCUGAAGGAUCACGACACACUACUCAAAGUCUCUUUCAUGCUCCAGAGAACCCCUGACCAGGGAAAGUAAGGAUCUCUUUCUCUCAUGACUCAACCAUGUUUCUCUCUGUUUUUCAUGGCAACAUGUUGUUCUUGUGUUUUUGUGUGAAUUUGUUCAACUGAGGUUUCUUGCCUUUUUCCUCUCUCUCCCUCUCAUGUCUUAAAGGAAGUAUUUGCGGGAUGUGGAUCGUCAGGUUUUGGCCCAGAGAGCAUUUUUCCUAGCUGUAAAAGUCCUGGAGGACAAUCUGAACAAACUCACAGGGGUACCGAAACAAAGCACUCAACACAUUUGGAAAGGAGCUGAAGCAGCUCUGUAGUUUAUAGGGUUUAUAGUUUUGGCAUGCUCUUGCUUGUGUUGUGACAGGCUCUGUUCUCUCUCAGGUGUCGGUGCAGCCUUCCAUGGGUGAGAUGACGACCACGGACACAUCCAACAGGCCUAGUGCAGAGGACCGCAGUCAUGUACUGCCUAAGAAGCCUGGGCUCACUGAGGGGCCCCAGGUCACUGCCCGAGCCCCCGGCCCUGACUCUGGGCCGCAGGAAACCCCUCAGGCACAGCCAGCUCUGCUCGCCACAGACGGAGACAGGGGAGAUCAGCAGCAGGGAACUCCAUCUGGGAAGGUGGAAGCUCCUGCUGCUGCAGGGGAGGGGGCCAGAGCAGGGCCAGAGGAGCCCAUGGAGCUGGACACUGGCCACUGGGGGCGUCCCUUCAAGACCACAGACUUUCAGGGCAUCCAACCAGACACUGAGCCCCCCAGAACUGUCCUGGAGCCUGGGGAGAAAGUGGCUUUGAGCAGCCGGGCACCAGAGCUUUCUCUGGAGGACCUGAGCAUUAGCUCCAGACAGCAUCAGCUCCAGGGACCGGUAGCUAAGGGCCCAGUGGCAGCCUGCGUAGCAGAGCAGGGACUAGCCCAGGGGACGCUACGCAGGCCCAGCAGGAAGAGGAAGCUCCUGGAUGAUGUGGAGUCAGGCAAAACUCUUCUGAUGGAUGCCUACCGGGCGUGGCAGCAGGGCCAGAAGGUCAUGACCUACGACCUGGAGCGCAUUGAGAAGAUAAUGUCAGAGACGUACAUGCACAUUAAGCAGGUAUGCUGUACUUUACCCUCAUGUUUACUGCCAUGUUUCUCUUUCCCAUCAAUACAUUAUUUAUAACUGUGUCAUGUCAUGCAAUGUAAUAUGCACUAACUGAAAAAGGAAAUUGGUUUGGGGGGGGGUCCCCUCUUGAGAAUGAUUUAGCAAUUAGACCUGAAACACAGAGGGGGGACUUUCCCUGCUCGCACAACUUAGUGCUAACACCGUGGAGUUGCCAUCCAACAGUGUUGUAAGGAGACAGAUAACACGAAGUAGACCAUGUGUAGCCUAAUCCGUGUAAUUGCGCUAAUUAUCAUCGUCACAGUGCUACAGAUAUUAACGAACACAAAUGGCACCGUUAAUAUUUACAGCUCAUAACUAAUUAUAAGCUUAGGAAUCCACACAUCUCAUCAAACAUUUAAUUUGUGUUUUCAUGAAAGAAAGAAAAAAUCCUUACCCACAGUGAGGGAAAAAAGUAUUUGAUCCCCUGCUGAUUUUGUACGUUUGCCCACUGACAAAGAAAUGAUCAGUCUAUAAUUUUAAUGGUAGGUUUAUUUGAAUAGUGAGAGGCAGAAUAACAGCAAAAAAAUCCAGAAAAACGCAUGUCAAAAAUGUUAUGUUGAUUUGCAUUUUAAUGAGGGAAAUAAGUAUUUGACCCCCUCUCAAUCAGAAAGAUUUCUGGCUCCCAGGUGUCUUUUAUACAGGUAAUGAGCUGAGAUUAGGAGCACACUCUUAAAGGGAGUGCUCCUAAAAUCAGCUUGUUACCUAUAUAAAAGACACCUGUCCACAGAAGCAAUCAAUCAAUCAGAUUCCAAACUCUCCACCAUGGCCAAGACCAAAGAGCUCUCAAAGGAUGUCAGGGACAAGAUUGUAGACCUACACAAGGCUGGAAUAGGCUACAAGACCAUCGCCAAGCAGCUUGGUGAGAAGGUGACAACAGUUGGUGCGAUUAUUCGCAAAUGGAAGAAACACAAAAUAACUGUCAAUCUCCCUCGGCCUGGGGCUCCAUGCAAGAUCUCACCUCGUGGAGUUGCAAUGAUCAUGAGAAUGGUGAGGAAUCAGCCCAGAACUACACGGGAGGAUCUUGUCAAUGAUCUCAAGGCAGCUGGGACCAUAGUCACCAAGAAAACAAUUGGUAACACACUACGCCGUGAAGGACUGAAAUCCUGCAGCGCCCGCAAGGUCCCCCUGCUCAAGAAAGCACAUAUACAGGGCCGUCUGAAGUUUGCCAAUGAACAACUGAAUGAUUAAGAGGAGAACUGGGUGAAAGUGUUGUGGUCAGAUGAGACCAAAAUGGAGCUCUUUGGCAUUAACUCAACUCGCCGUGUUUGGAGGAGGAGGAAUGCUGCCUAUGACCCCAAGAACACCAUCCCCACCGUCAAACAUGGAGAUGGAAACAUUAUGCUUUGGGGGUGUUUUUCUGCUAAGGGGACAGGACAACUUCACCGCAUCAAAGGUACGAGGCCAUGUACCGUCAAAUCUUGGGUGAGAACCUCCUUCCCUCAGCCAGGGCAUUGAAAAUGGGUCACGGAUGGGUAUUCCAGCAUGACAAUGACCCAAAACACACGGCAAAGGCAACAAAGGAGUGGCUCAAGAAGAGGCACAUUAAGGUCCUGGAGUGGCCUAGCCAGUCUCCAGACUUUAAUCCCAUAGAAAAUCUGUGGAGGGAGCUGAAUGUUCGAGUUGCCAAACGUCAGCCUCGAAACCUUAAUGACUUGGAGAAGAUCUGCAAAGAGGAGUGGGACAAAAUCCCUCCUGAGAUGUGUGUAAACCUGGUGGCCAACUACAAGAAACGUCUGACCUUUGAUUGCCAACAAGGGUUUUGCCACCAAGUACUAAGUCAUGUUUUGCAGAGGGGUCAAAUACUUAUUUCCCUCAUUAAAAUGCAAAUCAAUUUAUAACAUUUUUAACAUGCGUUUUUCUGGAUUUUGUUGUUGUUAUUCUGUCUCUCACUGUUCAAAUAAUCAUACCAUUAAAAUUAUAGACUGAUCAUGUCUUUGUCAGUGGGCAAACAUACAAAAUCAGCAGGGGAUCAAAUACUUUUUUCCCUCACUGUAGCUAAUAGGGAACAGAGCAAAGUGUUUUUAUUAACAAUUAUUCCAAAUGUCUUAUUCUGCAACAGUUGUGGAUUUGAUCAUUGCAAGACAAAAAAUGAUGUUUCCAAUGAAAGGUGUUAUUAUGUAUUACGUGGCCCAGUAAUGGCUUUCUCCACUGGAUUCAGACAUACGGAAUGGCCCCUUUAUUAUUUCCAUCUUACCAGCAGAUAACAUCGUUUUAUUGGUUACUGACUAAAUUACUAGUUUCCUGUUUUUCUGAGACAGCCGUUGCCUGUUUUUAAAGGUGAAGGGUUGUGUAUUUUAUUUACUAAUGAUUUUUGUGAAUUGUGAUUGGGACCCUUUCUAGUGCACUGGCACUGCUUGUAGACUCAGUCUCAUGAUUUUGCCCGCUUACUCUUAUUGACUCUGAAUCCAAAAGGUAACUUGUGAUUCAGUUUGGAUUUAUUGUAUAAAAUAGUAGGUACCCUACUAGUUCUUAAGAUUCAGUUGGAUUGAGACUGAUCAAAAAGGGACAAUUCUAUUGCAGUAACGCUACUGUAACAUCCCCAAACCUGAAUGUCAUGUUAAGUUGAUUGAAUUUAAUCAUUUCUUACGUGAUGCAUAGUUGAACUGAUCAAAUAAUAGAGGGAUGAGUUACUUUGUGUAUUGCAUCUGAGCCAGCUUCUCCUGAUAGGUAGAAAAGUGGAAGCUGGGAGUGAACUGAAGCGUUGGCUGGCAUUGAGGGUGUUGUUUGAGUACAGCUCUCAUCAGCCUCUGUAGAAGCGUAGAUCUAGUGAUCAAUGCUGACCGUGGGGAACCUGGCAUGUCAUUGACUGUGUGUCAAGCCACAGAGCUGGAGUGGGAGGCAACAGAGGACAGAGGGGCCACUACUAGGCUAAAGAGAGGGAGAUGGCUAGCUACUACACCCCUCGCCCUAUUUGGCUUAUUCCAGUGUCUCUUCUUUCUCUCUUCUCACACAAACACACACACACACACACACACACACACACACACACACACACACACACACACACAAUGACGUAUACUAUUUUGCAAGUUAAUAAUAUUGAAACCAUUGGAAAGUGUGCUGUGGGUUUUGGCUGAGAUUUGCUUCCCUACAAUGUUUUGCAACAAAGACAAUGAGCACUGAAAGGGGUAACAUUACAAACAAUGUUUCCAUCCAGUCUUUAUGCGAGUAAAGUCAUACCGUAUAAAAAUAAAAAAUAAAAAUCACGACAGCUAUAAUGGAAAUAGAAAGUUUUGGUAUAAUUUUAUAAAUGCCAACAGAUAAUUUGAUCGUUCGACAUGGUGGGUUCAUUUUGUGUCAUUAAAAAUUAAUUAUGGGAGAAAUGCAGGUGGAAAUACCUUUUUAUGCGCAAAUAUUGAUGUGAACUUGGAGUCACGCGUGAUAUGGUGUGUGAACCUCUCACUACGACUCGGGAAACCAUGCAGUUUAUUAAGCUACAGGUGAAAUAAGUUAGGAUGAACUUCACAGGGUGGUGAAAGUGCAUGUUGAUCUUGAUGCUCCUUUCCAAUAAAUAUCAAGUGUCUUAUUCUGGUGACAUGAUGAUCGAUGCUUGACUGCUGUUUGACAAAUAAAAUCCAUAUAUAAAUCCUCAUCAUGUAGACUAGCCUACCCACACUAUCUGCCAGCUGCUGGCUAGAGUGAACGUACCAAAACCAGAGUAGGCACAUUUGCUAUUUAACGCAACAGUUUUUGUGACAAAACUAUCGGUAGUUGGAAAUGCUAUGGAAACACAUUGAACUUUAGAUUUCUAUUCGGUAUAUGAAAACUUAAGCAAAAAAAUGCAUGUUGUGUACACUACGUCAUCACACACUGAUUUCUGUCUGCAACAAGUCCGUUUGGUGGAAACACACCACUGGUGGGAAAAUGCGCAUAUUUUCUUUAUGCAAAUCUUUUUAUAUUCGCAUGAAAAUCUGUUGCCAAUUGGAUGGAAACCUAGCUACAAUGUGCCUUCUCUGACACACCCUAAUAGGGCCUGCAUAUCUCGGGAACAAAGUGAGCAUGCCUUGACACGUUUUUAAUAGUACAAUUGUGUGACACAAUGCUUUUCCCUAACACGUUUUUAGUGAAGCGAAAUUACAGUAUUAGUGCCUAAUUCUUCACCUUCUUACUUUUCUUCUCCAAAAACAAACCUCUCUUCAAAGUUAGCUUCUAACACAAUUGUACAUUUACAUUUUUACAUUUACAUCAUUUAGCAGACGCUCUUAUCCAGAGCGACUUACAAAUUGGUGCAUUCAACUUAUGAUAGCCAGUGGGACAACCACCUUUUUCUUUCUUUCUUUUUAAUUUUUUUAUGGGGGGUGGGGGAAGAAGGAUUACUUUAUACUAUUCCAGGUAUUCCUUAAAGAGGUAGGGUUUCAAGUGUCUCCGGAAGGUGGUCAGUGACUCCGCUGUCCUGGUGUCGUGGGGGAGCUUGUUCCACCAUUGGGGUGCCAGAGCAGCGAAUAGCUUUGACUGGGCUGAGCGGGAACUGUGCUUCCGUAGAGGUAGGGGAGCUAGCAGGCCAGAGGUGGAUGAACGUAGUGCCCUCGUUUGGGUGUAGGGUCUGAUCAGAGCCUGAAGGUAAGGAAGUGCCGUUCCCCUCACAGCUCCGUAGGCAAGCACCAUGGUCUUGUAGUAGAUGCGAGCCUCAACUGGAAGCCAGUGGGGUGACAUGAGAGAACUUGGGAAGGUUGAACACCAGAUGGGCUGCAGCGUUCUGGAUAAGUUGUAGGGGUUUAAUGGCACAGGCAGGGAGCCCAGCCAACAGCGAGUUGCAGUAAUCCAGACGGGAGAUAACAAGUGCCUGGAUUAGGACCUGUGCCGCUUUCUGUGUAAGGUAGGGUCGUACUCUGCGAAUGUUGUAGAGCAUGAACCUGCAGGAUCGGGUCACCGCUUUGAUGUUAGCGGAGAACGACAGGGUGUUGUCCAGGGUCACGCCAAGGUUCUUUGCAUUCUGGGAGGAGGACACAAUGGAGUUGUCAACCGUGAUGGCUAGAUCAUAGAGCGGGCAGUCCUUACCCGGGAGGAAGAGCAGCUCCGUCUUGCCGAGGUUCAACUUGAGGUGGUGAUCCGACAUCCACACUGAUAUGUCUGCCAGACAUGCAGAGAUGCGAUUUGCCACCUGGUUAUCAGAAGGGGGAAAGGAGAAAAUUAAUUGUGUGUCGUCUGCGUAGCAAUGAUAGGAGAGACCAUGUGAGGAUAUGACAGAGCCAAGUGAGUUGGUGUAUAGAGAGAAUAGGAGAGUGCCUAGAACUGAGCCCUAGAGCUGUACACAGAUUUUGCUCAGCACAGCAGUUUUAUUUCAUGUCAUUGAAUCUGUUUUACAGUUUAGUGACAUAGCCAAUAGCCAUAUUCCUCUGCCCUCUGGCAUGAAUAUUCAGUACAGAGCGAGAGCAGUUGGUAGACUGUGCCAAAAGUUUCACAGUUUGCUUUAGCUCAGCUCUACGUGUUUGUGCCCAGGCAAGCCUUUGUACGUCUGGCACUAUUAUGCUAAUUUAGAAGGAAAUUUGUAUCAACAUGCUAACAGCCCAUCCCUCCACUCUACCAAGUUAGGAGGGCUGCCUCAAAGCGGGUCCAAAAUGUCAGCUCUCCAGUGUAACCAACCUCAGUCUCAGAGCGCUGCCUCUUGCAGUCAUCCGAGUGUUUGGCCCCCAGGUCUGCCAAGUCAUUCCCCAGGCCAUUUCCAUUGGCAACCACAUCUUACAACCUAGAGAGUUCCACCUACUGCAUCAAUCAAUCAAAUGUAUUUAUAAAGCCCUUUUACGUCAGCUAAUGUCACAAAGUGCUAUACAGACACCCAGCCUAAAACCCCAAAUAGCAAGCACGGUGGCUAGGAAAAACUCCCUAGAAAGGCAGGAACCUAGGAAGAAACCUAGCCCGGUGGAGAUUUAUAAGAGUACAUGGCCAUUAAGACCAGAUUGUUCUUCAAGAUGUUCAAAUGUUCAUAGAUGACCAGCAGGGUCAAAUAAUAAUCACAGUGGUUGUAGAGGGUGCAACAGGUUAGUACCUCAGGAGUAAAUGUCAGUUGGCUUUACAUAGCCGAGCAUUCAGAGGUUGAGACAGUAGGUGCAGUAGAGAGAGUUGAAAACAGCAGGUCCAGGACAAGGUAGCACGUCCAGUAAACAGGUCAGGGUUCCAUAGCUGCAAGCAGAACAGUUGAAACUGAAGCAGCAGCACGACUAGUUGGACUGGGGACAGCCAGGAGUCAUCAGGCCAGGUAGUCCUGAGGCAUGGUCCUAGGGCUCAGGUCCUCUGGGAGUGGAGGGAGAGAGAAUUAGAGGGAGCAUACUUAAAUUCACACAGGACACCAGAUAAGACAGGAGAAUUACACCAGAUAUAACAGACUGACCCAAGCCCCCCAGGCAGGAUAUAACCCCACCCACUUUGCCAAAGCACAGCCCCCACACCACUAGAAGGAUAUCAACAGACCACUAACUUACUACCCUGAGACAAGGCUGAGUAUAGCCCACGAAGAUCACCUCCACCGCACGAGCCCGAGGGGGCGGAAAACUGGACAGGAAAAUCACGUCAGUGAUUCACCCACUCAAGUGACGCACCACUCCUAGGGACGGCAUGGACGAGCACUAGUAAGCUAGUGACUCAGCCCCCGUAAUAGGGUCAGAGGCAGAGAAUCCCAGUGGAGAGAGGGGAGCCGGCCAGGCAGAGACAGCAAGGGCGGUUCGUCGCUCCAGUGCCUUGCCGUUCACCUUCGCACCCCUGGGCCAGACUACACUCAAUCAUAGGACCUACUGAAGAGAUGAGUCUUCAGUAAAGACUUUAAAGGUCGAGACCGAGUCUGCGUCUCUCACAUGGAUAGGCAGACUAUUCCAUAACAAUUUUGCUCUAUAGGAGAAAGCCCUGCCUCCAGCUGUUUCCUUUGAAAUUCUAGGGACAAUAAGGAGGCCUGCGUGACCGUAGCGCACGUGUAGGUAUGUACGGCAGGACCAAAUCGAAGACAUAGGUAAGAGCAAGCCUAUGUAAUGCUUUGUAGGUUAGGAGUAAAACCCUGAAAUCAGCCCUAGCCUUAACAGGAAGCCAGUGUAGAGAGGCUAGCACUGGAGUAAUAUGAUCACAUAGGAGCUGUGUUUAGCACGAACUGAAGUUUAUUUAGUGCUUUAUCCGGGUGGCCGGAGAGUAGAGCAUUGCAGUAGUCUAAUCUACAAAUGACAAAAGCAUGGAUUAGCUUUUCUGCAUCAUUUUUGACAAAAAGUUUCCGAUUUGUGCAAUGUUACAAAGAUGGGAAAAAAGCUGUCCUUGAAAUAUUCUUGAUAUGUUCGUCAAAAGAGAGAUCAGGGUCCAGAGUAACGCAGAGGUCCUUCACAGUUUUAUUUGAGACGACUAUACAACCUUCAAGAUGAAUUGUCAGAUCCAACAGCAGAUCUCUUUAUUUCUUGGGUCCUAGAACUAGCAUCUCUGUUUUGUCCGAGUUUAAAAGUAAAACAUUUGCCGCCAUCCACUUUCUUAUGUCUGAAACGCAGGCUUCCAGGGCUUCACCAUGUUUUAUCGAAAUAUACAGCUGUGUGUUGUCCGCAUGGCAGUGAAAGUUGACCCAUACGUAAAAAUGUAUGCACACAUGACUGUAAGUUGCUUUGGAUAAAAGCGUCUGCUAAAUGGCUUAUUAUUAUUAUUAUUAUUAUUAUUAUUAUUAUUAUUAUUAUUGUGUUUCCGAAUGACAUCACCAAGAGGUAGAAUAUAUAGUGAAAACAAUAGUGGUUCUAAAACGUAACCUUGAGGAACACCAAAACUUACAAUUGAUUUGUCAGAGGUCAAACCAUCCACAGAGACUAACUGAUAUCUUUCCGACAGAUAAGAUCUUAACCAGGCAAGAACUUGUCCUUGUAGACCAAUUAGGGUUUCCAAUCUCUCCAACAGAAUGUGGUGAUCGAUGAUGUCAAAAGCAGCACUAAGGUCUAGGAACACGAGGACAGAUGCAGAGCCUUGGUCUGACGCCAUUAAAAUGUAAUUUACAGUGGGGGAAAAAAGUAUUUAGUCAGCCACCAAUUGUGCAAGUUCUCCCACUUAAAAAGAUGAGAGAGGCCUGUAAUUUUCAUCAUAGGUACACGUCAACUAUGACAGACAAAUUUAGAAUUUUCUUCCAGAAAAUCACAGUGUAGGAUUUUUAAUGAAUUUAUUUGCAAAUUAUGGUGGAAAAUAAGUAUUUGGUCACCUACAAACAAGCAAGAUUUCUGGCUCUCACAGACCUGUAACAACUUCUUUAAGAGGCUCCUCUGUCCUCCACUCGUUACCUGUAUUAAUGGCACUUGUUUGAACUUGUUAUCAGUAUAAAAGACACCUGUCCACAACCUCAAACAGUCACACUCCAAACUCCACUAUGGCCAAGACCAAAGAGCAGUCAAAGGACACCAGAAACAAAAUUGUAGACCUGCACCAGGCUGGGAAGACUGAAUCUGCAAUUGGUAAGCAGCUUGGUUUGAAGAAAUCAACUGUGGGAGCAAUUAUUAGGAAAUGGAAGACAUACAAGACCACCAUAAUUUGCAAAUAAAUUCAUUAAAAAUCCUACAAUGUGAUUUUCUGGAUUUUCUUUUCUCAUUUUGUCUGUCAUAGUUGACGUGUACCUAUGAUGAAAAUUACAGGCCUCUCUCAUCUUUUUAAGUGGGAGAACUUGCACAAUUGGUGCCUGACAAAAUAAUUUUUUUCCCCACUGUACCACCUUCACAAGUGCAGUCUCAGUGGGGGGUCUAAAACCAGACUGAAGCAUUUCGUAUACAUUAUUUGUCUUUAGGAAGGCAGUGAGUUGCUGCACAACAGCUUUUUCAAAAAUAAUUGAGAGGAAUGGGAGAUUCGAUAUAGGCCGAUUUUUUAUUUUUACGUUUUUUAAAGUUUUCCAGGUUAAGGUUUGACUUUUUCAAGAGAGGCUUUAUUACUGCCACUUUCAGUGAGUUUGGUACACAUCCGGAGGAUAGGAAGCAAUUUAUUAUGUUCAACAUAGGAGGGCCAAGCACAGGAAGUAGCUCUUUCAGUAGUUUGGUCAAUGCAGAACCAAAAUGUAUUUAAAACCACACCACCACAUAAUAAAGUAGCUUGUUUGAGGGAUAUGUGAACAUUGAGGCUUCCUUUCAUGUGCUACUCCUGCACAGCAUCAGCUUUCUGACUCGCACACAUCUACUGACAGACAGAGAGCAGCCAGCCUCCACAGAGAGAGACUUAAUGAGGGCCACCUUCUCCUAUUACUACGGCUACGUACUGUAGUUUUUUCCCUAGGUACAUGGAGUAGCCAGACAAAUUUAGAAAAAAGUAUCCAGCCAGGGUGUUUCCGGGCUGUCUAAAGGGGUCUGGGGGCAUGCAGAACGAGCUCUAUUUUGGUGGCCUCUGGUACAUUCUAAUGCCAUGAUUCCAUCCGAAAUACACAGCUAAAUUAUUUAAUUUAACUUCCCAGAUCGUUAAAAUGAGUUGUGGUAUUGAGUAGAAUUACAUGACCUCCCAAUUAAAAUGACUGAAUAUUGAUUAAUACAGUGUAUGGUUAGUUUUGGAUAUUGUCUAGGCCUAUAUGAUCAGGACUAUUUUCUAAGUGAGAGAAUAUUAAACCUUUUUUAACAUUAAAGGGAUAGUUCACACAAAUGUAAAAAUGACAUUGAGUUCCUAACCCUGUAAGCGGUCUAUGGACUGCAAUAUGACAGCAAUCCAUGCUUUGGUUUUCUUUACCCGGCCACUGUUUCAAAUGCUAACUUUUUAGCAUUUGUGGCACAAAUCCAAUCCAAGUCAAAGUACCUAUAUUAGGAAUUCCGCGCUUCAUGUCCCUCUCAUUGAAUAGCUCAAGUUGAAGGACGACCGGAGUACUUCUGGCUGCCAUUAGCAACUAAAUUAUCCUUAACUUCUUCUAUGUGCGAUUUUUAAAAUAAUCUGUUCAAGGACAUACAUCUGGUGUAAUACAAACAAUUAUUGGUACCAAUAAAAAAUAUAUAUAUUUACACGAAGAUUGCCAUUUUCCCAUACGCUAUAAUGCGGUGUCCUGUUAUCGGAAAACAAUGCCUGGAGUCAGCCUUGCCGUUCUCCCCUGGUGUGCAUGCACACUAAUUAACUGGGUGAUUGAUUAGCAAAGCAUAUGGAGCCAUCUGACAAUCUUUACUGACCAAAAUAUUCAAGGCUAAUCAUUAAACUUAUGGUAGAGAAAUGAACAACAGCUCUGGUGGACAUUCCUGCAGUUAGCAUGACAAUUGCACGCUCACUCAAAACAUCUGUGGCAUUGUGUUGUGUGACAAAACUACACAUUUUAGUGUGGCCUUUUAUUGUCCCCAGCACAAGGUUCACCUGUGUGUAAUGAUCAUGCUGUUUAAUCAGCUUCUUAAUAUGCCACACCUGUCAGGUGGAUGGAUUAUCUUGGCAAAGGAGAAAUGCUCACUAACAGGGAUGCACACACAUUUUUGCAAAACAUUUUAGAAACGCAAGGUUUUUGUGCGUAUGGACAAUUUUUGGGAUCUUUUAUUUCGGCUCAUGAAACAUGGGACCAACACUUUACAUGUUGCGUUUAUAUUUUCGUAAAGUGUAUAAACGAUGUUAUCGACAUGUUGUAGCCUACCCAGCGGGCACACAACGUCAUUAUGACGUCUUAUUCUGGUCAUAUUCUGGUUGUGACGUCAUAUGACCAAAAUACCCAAUGAAAUGACACGUCAUUUUCCAGGAAGUAGACUUGUAGUUUUUGAACAUUUGUUGGUUUUUUGAAAGGUUUUCAACGGGAAAACACGUAGCGAAAUGGUCUUCAGUGCCAAAACUUCAUAGAAGGCAUAUGGCAGUAAAUUCAAAUAUAAUUUAUAUGUCUUAAAUGAAUGCAUUUUCACGAAUGUAAUGGUACAAACGUCAAGCCCAUUCAAACGAUUAGGAGACAGGACCUGGAAGUAUGAUGUAGGACAACGUCACUUGCACAUCGAAAGCCGCAAAUGUUCGACUUGCAAACUCGUUGUAGAAAGGUGAGGUCCGAGUUUCCUACUUGGAAAGUAUCAGAAUCAACCAAUAGGAAGCUCUACGCAAAAAACGUACACACAUUUUUACUUUGAGGUUCUGAGUUUCGUAGUUGUCUUGAACACAGCACUCUUUUUUGAGACGUCUUUACUAUGACCAAAAUAUAACCAUAAAAUACGUAUUUUGUUGAACGUCAUACCAACGGACUAAAAUCAGAUGUUUAUUCAUCAUCGUUGUUCUCAUCAAGCUUCUCACAUGAUAACCUCCAGGUUUGGCUCGAGUCCGAUCCGAGGAGUUAGGGAUUUGGUUUGGAGAUCCAAAUUGAAAAUGUAUAUGUACAGUGCAUUCGGAAAGUAUUCAGACCCCUUGACUUCUCCCACAUUUUUGUUACGUUACAGCCUUAUUCUAAAAUGGAUUAAAUAAUAAAUGUUCCUCAUCAAUCUGCACACCAUACCCCAUAAUGACAAAGCCAAAACAGGUUUUUAGACAUUUUUGCAAAUGUAUUAAAAAUACAAAACAGAAAUACCUUAUUUACAUAAGUAUUCAGACCCUUUGCUAUGAGACUCGAAAUUGAGCUCCUGUUUCCAUUGAUCAUCCUUGAGAUGUUUCAACAACUUGAUUGGAGUCCACCUGUGGUAAAUUCAAUUGAUUUGGACAUGAUUUGGAAAGGCACACAACUGUCUAUAUAAGGUCCCGCAGUUGACAGUGCAUGUCAGAGCAAAAACCAAGCCAUCAGGUCAAAGGAAUUGUCCAUUGAGCUCUGAGACAGGAUUGUGUCGAGGCACAGAUCUGGGCAAGGCUACCAAAAAAUGUCUGCAGCAUUGAAGGUCCCCAAGAACACAGUGGCCUCCAUCAUUCUUAAAUGGAAGAAGUUUGGAUCCACCAAGACUCUUCCUAGAGCUGGCCACCCGUCCAAAAUGAGCAAACAUGGAGUUGACCAAGAACCCGAUGGUCACUCUGACAGAGCUACAGAGUUCCUCUGUGGAGAUUGGAGAAACUUCCAGAAGGACAACCAUCUCUGCAGCACUCCACCAAUCAGGCCUUUACUGUGGAGUGACCUGACAGCCCGCUUGGAGUUUGCCAAAAGGCACCUAAAGGACACCAUGAGAAACAAGAUUCUCUGGUCUGAUGAAACCAAGAUUGAACUCUUUGGCCUGAAUGCCAAGCAUCACGUCUGGAGGAAAUGUGGCACCAUCCCUACGGUGCAGCAUGGUGGUGGCAGCAUCAUGCUGUGGGGAUGUUUUUCAGCGGCAGGGACUGGGAGACUAGUCAGGAUCGAGGGAAAGAUGAAAGGAGCUAAGUACAGAGAGAUCCUUGAUGAAAACCUGCUCCAGAGUGCUCAGGACCUCAGACUGGGGCGAAGGUUCACCUUCCAACAGGACAACGACCCUAAGCACACAGCCAAGAAAACGCAGGAAUGACUUCGGCACAAGUCUCUGAAUGUCCUUGAGUGGCCAGCCAGAGCCCGGACUUGAACCCGAUUGAACAUCUCUGGAGAGACCUGAAAAUAUCUGUGCCGCAACGCUCCCCAUCCAAACUGACAGAGCUUGAGAGGAUCUGCAGAGAAGAAUGGGAGAAACCUCCAAAUACAGGUGUGCCAAGCUUGUAGCGUCAUACCCAAGAUGACUUGAGGCUGUAAUCGCUGCCAAAGGUGCUUCAACAAAGUACUGAGUAAUGGGUCUGAAUACUUAUGUAAAGGUGAUAUUUCAGUAUUUUGUUUUUAAUCAAUUUGCUAACAUUUCUAAAAACCUGUUUUUGCUUUGUUAUUAUGGGGUAUUGUGUAGAUGAUGGGGGGGGGGGGGGAUUUAAUCAAUUUAGAAUAAGGCUGUAACGUCACAAAGUGGAAAAAGUCAAGCGGUCUGAAUGCUUUCCGAAUGCACUGUAACCCACACAGAAGGUCUCAAAAAGCAGGUUAUACAUACUUGCUUCCCGUAUUCCCUUUUGAGAGAAAUAGUGCAUGUCAGUAUCAACGCAGUAAUUCACGAACAGCAACGGAACUCAUUUGCAUUGCAAUAGUCAAUGUACCGUACCAGGCAGUUCUUCAAAACAGCAACACAAUGCUGGUUAUCAUACAGACAUCACACCGUGUCCCUGUCUGUCGGUCUGAGUAAAUCACCUAGCUGCUCAAGCUGCCUGCCUCGCAGCUCAAGCCGGCAUCGGCACCUGCUGGGAGAAGGCUGGACAGACUUUUAUGACUAGCGAAUUGAAACUUUUAAAUGAAAAAAAAACCUAAAUAAUUUAUGAAGUGGAAAAGGUAGUUGGCCGAAAAUGUGUCCGUUACCGGCUGUUUAGAAGGCGCUUAGUGGAAACACUUCCACAAUCACAAGGCCAUUCGCUAUGUGUUAGUCAUCCGGAGCUGAAUCAUUGGUGCUAACGUGGCUCUAUGAACGGUGUUAGAAUAUGUUGCUCUGAUCGUCUCUGUUCUCUUCUCUCAUGGUGUGGACAGGUGGACGAGGAUGUGGCGCUGGACCAAGCAGUGAAGUUCUGCCAGAUACAGAUGGCCACGUCAGCACAACGACAG